AUGGUCAAUCGCAUGAGCAAAGUACGGUUGGUGGACGAGCGGGCUGCCGCCCCGCCGGCAUCUCCAAAUGAUGCGCCAGAACAUGGCAAGAAAGCCGUUCAGCGCCAGCCGUUCCGCUUCUUCGAUCUUCCCUACGAGCUGCGAUUGCGCGUAUACGAAGAGCUUCUGAUCUUUCCCAAGACCAUCGACCUCGACGAAACGAAUUGCCGCACCAUCGCACCCGCCCUCCGCCUCUUCCUCGUAGACCACCGCAUGCACGAAGAAGCAUCGCGCGUAUUUUACGGCAGCAACACCUUCCGCGUGUUUCCCAUCGGACGCUACAUCAACCGCAAGCAUCCGCUACUUGCAUGGUUCCCUCGCAAAUACCGCGCACAGCUUACACGCUUGGAGCUGAGACUAGGGCCAGGCUUCAACAAACCGCCGAAAUGCUGGGUUGUGGAUAGCCGCCUUGGCCUGGCGGCAAUGAAGAAGGUGUAUAAACUAAAGGUCUUUGUAGAGCUUGACCCUGCAUCAAACGACGUGUUCGAAGGGUUCCGUGCUGGCAAAAACUUUUAUACUGAAUAUUGCGUCGGGUUGCUGAGAGGUUUGCUCGCGCAGGUGCCAUCGAUCGACGAUGUGGAGUUUGAUGCAUACCCGAGUGUGUCCAAGUCUAGCCCACUCUUGAAUGGCUUGCUCGAAGAGACGAAGCUCAAUCAGAAGCGCGUGGUCUGGGGCCCCGAGAGAGGGUGGGAUAAGAUCGUAGAGGUCGACUUGGCAGGCGUCUUGCAGAAGCUGAGGCUUGAUACUUUUUGA